AUGGACAUGCUUUCACGUGCUAUUCAACAUGACCAUAGUUAUGGUUUCAAGAUCUUCAUGAUAACAUUAGUUUUGAAGAGCUCCAUUGAAGAAAAACCAGAAUAUGUCCUCCCCAACUUUGCAAGGGUAAAUUUUGUUCCACUUGACACUGAAGCACUUUAUGCCAUGCUUGAGAAUCCAAUGGAAGAAGAUCACACUCCUGUGAGUAAUGUUUUAUCUGGAGAGGCUAUUCAGGCUGUUGAAGGGAGCAAUGAUACAAAACUGAAGGAAGUUAAAGUUGAGCCAGAUGUUGGAGAUAUUGAUGUUGUAGAUUCUUCUAAGCUCAAUUGUGCAGGUGGAUUUUUGCAGAAUCACAUCUGGUGGGAGAAAAAGAUAUCUAAAUCCCAGAAGAAAGGCAAUCAAGUUAUGCAAUUUCUAGCAGAAGUGAUCCAAAAGGCUCUUCGUCCGGAUCAAACAUCGUGCAUUUUGUUUGAUCUCGAGAUGUAUGACGAUUAUCAAUGUACAAUCAUGAAAUCAAAAAGGCCUUAUGUGGAAAUGUAUAUUGGACAAGAAUGGAAAAAAGGUGCGGCCUUGGCAAGACGGAAAAGGAAGCAAAUUAUGAAAGAUAAAAGAUCGAAAAGGAACAGAUCUAAUGAAAAUACAAACAACUGCAACAUAUCUUUUACCAACAUCAGUAAUCCUGCUAACAUUCAUGUCAGAACACCUCUAUCCAAUAUCACCUCUGCAGUUUUGAAUGAUAGGAACCAUAAUUGCAAUGCAAAUCCAAUUGGAACAGUUAUGUCAAAUGCACAUAGAAUCAACGUGGGUGUGAGUCAUGUUGUGUCAUCAAAUCUUUUUAGGCAAUUCGGUGUUAAGAAUCGGUAUUAUGCCUCUUCACCAAUAUCUACUCUCAAGACACCAACAUCUGCAUUAGGCAGCUCCAAAUCAUCCAUUACUCUUGAUCAUUGCUCCCCACAACAACUUGCUGCGUCUGCAAGGCAGAGAAGGAAGACAAUUAUGCAACAAAAGGCUAAUGUGUCAAAUAUACUGCGCAACAAUAUUGUUAACAACUCUGAUGGUGAUGUGUUGAACACUUCUCCACUCACUUUGAAUUCAAAUACUGCCCCAAGUGGUAUAACCUCCUCAUUGUCUAAUCAAAGGUACAAAAGUAUACAUCCACAAACAAGUGGAAUUGUUUAUUCAUCUAAAAUACAGUUGAAUGUGGGUUGCAUUCAGUCGGUGACAACCAAUCUUUUCAAUACCUUUUCAAACAUUGAUUAUGGAGGUGCCUCUUCAUCCACAAGUCAUUUACCAUCUACUACACAUGCAAACAUUUCUAUGGCAGAUGCUAACAUUUCUUCAACAAAUGCUAACAUUGAAUGUGAUGAGUCUGAUGAAGAAUGUUUAACCGAUGAAUAUUUCAGCGAUAGUUCAUGCGAAUUCAUAAAGGAUAACGCUGAGGAUGACAUAUCUUCAUGUUCAGAUGACGAUCAAUACUAUGAUCCUAAUUCUAUACAAGUGAAUGAACCAAAUUCUGGUUAUUCAGACAUCGGUGAUCCUGCAAUUGAAUGUGCACAUUGCGGAGCACUUAUGUGGUAUCAAGAAAAGUUGGACAAACGAAAACAUAGUGCAGCUCCAAAGUUUAGUUUAUGUUGUGGAAAUGGGAAAAUUGUGUUACCACUUUUGAAACCACCACCACCAUUACUCAAACAUUUGUUGUUUGAUAAUAAUGAUGUAGACUGUCAAAAUUUCCAGCAGCAUUGCAGAUUAUACAACAUUAUGUUUGCCUUUACUUCUCCUGGAAUGAAGUUUGACAAUAGAUUCCAAACCGGUAGAGGACCACCUAACAUAAGAAUACAAGGACAGUCUUGCCAUAGAAUUGGCAGCAUGAUACCUUUGCCUGGACAAUCACCGAAGUUUGCGCAGCUCUAUAUUUACGACACUGACAAUGAGAUUCAACAUAGAAUUAAAGGAAUAGGUAACAAUCCCAAUAUUGUUAUAGGAACUGUCAACAAAUUGAAAGCUAUGUUGGAUGAGUUCAACACACAUGCUAAAUCAUUUAGAAUGGCUGCAGAUAGAUUAAAGGAUUCUCCUGUGGCUGAUCUAAAGUUGAAGUUAAUAGCUGAUAGGAAAAAGGAUGGAAGAACAUACAACCAACCAACUGUUUCUGAGGUCGCUGCACUUAUCGUUGGUGAUGUUGAUAUAGGCUCUAAAAGGGAUAUUAUUCUUGAAAGACAGAGCGGAAGAUUGAAAAGAAUAAGUGAGUUUCAUCCAAGUUAUCUUGCAUUACAAUAUCCACUUUUGUUUCCAUACGGGGAAGAUGGUUUUAGACUUGAUGUUCUACACAGAGAAAUAAAUGCAAGAAAAAAAGGUAAGCAAAAUAAGCUUACCAUUAGAGAAUGGCUUGCUUUUAGGAUUCAAACCCGUCAACAUGAAGCUCAUACACUUUUGAGGUCAAGGAGGCUGUUUCAACAAUUUUUGGUCGAUGGAUUUACUAUGAUGGAGUCCCAAAGAUUGAAUUAUAUCCGCAAGCAUCAAAAAAAACUGCGAGUGUCAAAGUACUCCAAUUUGUCACGUCCCGAAGAAACGGAAAACACUCAAGGUGCAGACAAAGGUAAGAGAGUAGUUUUACCUUCAACGUAUGUUGGAAGUCGGAGAUACAUGGAACAAUUGUAUUUUGAUGGGAUGGCAAUAUGCAGUCAUAUUGGUUUUCCGGAUCUUUUUAUCACUUUUACCUGUAAUCCAAAUUGGCCAGAAAUUGGAAGGUUACUUAAAAAAAUUAAUCUGCAACCUCAUGAUCGUCCAGAUAUUAUAUCAAGGGUGUUUAAAAUCAAGUUAGAUGAGCUAUUGUCAGAUCUAACAAAGAAGCAUGUCUUAGGUAGAGUGGUUGCAUAUAUAUACACAAUUGAGUUCCAAAAGCGGGGAUUACCACAUGCACAUAUUCUACUCUUCAUGCAUCCCUCGAGCAAGUAUCCCACUCCAGAUGACAUAAACAAUAUAAUUUCAGCAGAGAUACCAUCUGAAGAUAAUGAUAGACAGUUGUAUCAUUUGGUCAAGACACAUAUGAUUCAUGGGCCAUGUGGUUUAGCAAAUCAGCUAUCGCCUUGCAUGAAAAAUGGGAAGUGCUCUAAAUUCUUUCCCAAACAAUAUCAGAAUCAAACAGUUGUUGAUCAUGAUGGCUAUCCUAUGUACAGAAGAAGGGAAACUGGAAUUACAGUGAUGAAGAAGAAUGUGGUUCUCGAUAACAGGUACGUUGUUCCUUAUAACCCAUUUCUGUUGAAGAAAUUUCAGGCUCACAUCAAUAUGGAGUGGUGUAACCAGGGUACUUCAGUUAAGUAUUUAUUCAAGUAUAUUAACAAGGGGUGUGACAGAAUUACCGCAGCUAUUGUCGAUAAUGACACAGACGGAAAUUCUAUUAUUAGAAAUGUUGACGAAAUCAAGCAAUAUCUUGAUUGUCGAUAUGUAUCCCCAAGUGAAGCGUGUUGGAGGAUCUUUUCAUUUCCUAUUCAUGGCAGAUCUCCUGCAGUUGAAAGGUUAUAUUUUCAUCUUGAGGGCGAAAAUCCGGUUUACUAUACUGAUCACGAACUUAUAGAUGAAGUUCUCGACAAACCGAGUGUGAAAGAAUCAAUGUUUACCGCUUGGAUGGAAGCAAACAAGACAUAUUCAGAGGCGAGAAAUCUGACAUACUCUAAUUUUCUGACCAAGUUUGUUUAUGAUAAAAGAUACCGACGAUGGAGACCACGUAAGAGAGGCCAUACAAUUGGAAGAUUAAUUUGGGUUCCUCCAAGUACCGGUGAGCUGUAUUACCUAAGAAUGAUGCUUACAGUUGUCAAGGGGCCGACAUGUUAUGAGGAUAUUAAAAAAGUGGGUGGAAUAAUUCGGGAUAGUUUUCGGGACGCAUGCUUCGAAAUGGGCUUUCUUAAUGAUGACAAGGAGUAUGUUGCAGCCAUAAAUGAGGCGAAGGAUUGGGGUUCUGGACAUUUUCUGAGAAAGUUAUUUGUCACAAUGCUACUGUCCGGAACAAUUAACAGACCACGUCAUGUUUGGGAAAAAACUUGGAGGACGUUAUCCGAUGGUAUUCUUUAUCAACAAAGACAAGCAACAAAUAGAAGAGAUAUGCAGUUGUCAAUAACUGAGUUGAAGAAUUUGACACUCAUUGAGAUUGAAAAUAUGUUGCAAUCAAAUAGAAGAAGUUUGCAUGAAUUUAAAGACAUGCCAUAUCCAGAUUCAUAUGUCACACGACACGUGGGAAAUAGACUGAUUUGGGACGAACGUAGUUACAAUAUCCACACAGAACAACAAAAUUUCCAGAAUCUGUUUCGCGCUCUUACAGACGAACAACGUUCAAUAUUUGAUACAAUUAUGAAAGCUGUAGAGAAGCAGAGAGGAGGGGUAUUUUUCCUACAUGGUUAUGGAGGGACCGGUAAAACUUUCAUGUGGAGAACAUUGUCAAGUGCACUCCGGUCACAACAAAAAAUUGUCCUUACCGUUGCUUCAAGUGGCAUAGCUUCUUUAUUAUUGCCAGGUGGAAGAACUGCUCAUUCUAAGUUUAAAAUACCAGUCCCAACACUUGACAACUCCACUUGCAAUGUUGACAAGAACGACGAAUAUUCCCAGUUAUUCGAAGCAACCGAUGUAAUAAUAUGGGAUGAAGCACCUAUGUCUCAUAAGAACUGCUUUGAGGCAUUGGAUAAGACACUCAAAGAUGUCAUGACCAAAUACGGUCUUGCAAAAACAAUCUUUGGUGGGAAAGUUGUUGUUUUUGGAGGAGAUUUUCGUCAGAUACUUCCUGUUGUUCCAAGAGCGGGGCGUUCUGAUAUUGUCCAUGCAUCCAUAUGCUCAUCAUAUGUGUGGGACUAUUGUCAAGUGCUAACACUGACAAAGAAUAUGAGGCUGCAGCAGGGAAGAGAUGAUACAAGUUCUACUGAACUAGCAGAAUUUUCAAAAUGGAUCUUAAAUGUUGGGGAUGGUAAGCUAUGUGAACCAAAUGAUGGCUUGGUUGAUAUUGAAAUUCCUCAAGACUUAUUGAUAUCCAAUUUUGAUGAUCCUAUAAAAGCUAUUGUUGAAAGCACAUACCCCGAUUUGGUUCACAAUUUUCAAGAUGUUGGAUACUUACAAGGAAAAGCUAUUCUUGCAUCAACCAUUGAAGUUGUGGAUAAAAUCAAUCAAUAUGUACUAGACAUGAUACCAGGUGAAGAAAAAGAGUAUCUAAGCUUUGAUACAAUUGAUAGAACCGACACAAGUUAUACUGAAGCUUAUGAAGUUCUAACUCCAGAAUUUCUUAGUAAACUAAGAACAUCCGGCCUUCCAAAUCAUAGGAUCAAAUUGAAAGUCGGUACCCCUAUCAUGCUAAUGAGAAAUUUGGAUCAAACAGAUGGAUUGUGCAAUGGAACAAGGUUAAUUGUUACAAGGUUAGCAAAUCACGUCAUUGAGGCUAAGAUUAUGUCAGGAAAGAACAUAGGUAACAUCUUUUACAUUCCUCGAAUGUCUAUGUCACCAUCUGAGUCACCGUGGCCAUUUAAGUUGAUUAGGAGACAAUUUCCAAUCAUUGUUUCUUAUGCAAUGACAAUUAAUAAGUCUCAAGGUCAAUCGCUUGAUAAUGUCGGGUUGUAUUUGCCUACACCAGUUUUUAGUCAUGGUCAAUUGUAUGUUGCAAUUUCAAGAGUUACAACCAAAAAUGGUCUUAAAAUCUUAAUACAUGACAAGGACAAUGCACCGUGUUCGACCACUACGAAUGUGGUAUACAAGGAAGUCUUCCAAGCCCUUUGUUAG